CCCAGACCCCGCCGGCAGCUGCCCCGCGAUGAGGCCACUCCUGCUGUCUCUGCUCCUGGCUACUCUGUGCGCUGACCUGGCCCGGGCCCUGCACUGCCAUGUGUGCUGUGGCCACAAGGACUGCGAGUCUCUGGUGGAGUGCGCCCCAACUGACAACUACUGUGUGAUCACGCAGGCCACGAACCCCGGUGGCAUCCUGGUCAUGAAGUCCUGCGCCCCCGUGUGCCCCAACAGCACCAUGUCCUCGGACGGCCGCACCCUCUCCGUCUCCUGCUGCCAGGGCAGCCAGUGUAACCGUGCGGCCGGGGGCCUGGCGGCCAGUCCCGGAACCCUGUGGCUCGGUGCCUGGGCCAGCCUGCUGGGGCCGCUGCUCCGGGUGGCCUGGUGAGCCCGCCCCCGACAGUCUUUCCCAGGCACCCGGCCACCUGCCCACCCGCAAGGACAGUCCCCGGCUCCCCUGCUGCGCCUCCCCCUACCCCGGGAUACACCCAGCCCCGUCCUGGGGCUCCUACCCUCCUGCAGGGAACCCACCUCCAAGGGACCCUCUGCCCUCUCCUGGGGUCCUGGCCAUGCGGGAGUGGGCAGGGCACCUCCAUCCUCCCUGGCGCCCUCUGCCUCAUUUCAGGGGCUUCCCCUGGGGGCUCGUCCCCCAGCUGCCCUGUGCACGGAGUGGGGAGGAGCAGGGGUCUGGGCGUCCCCUGCUCCGGCCACCGCUGGCCUCCCACCUGCAUCCGCCCGCCCUCCCCUUCCACCCCUGACUCACAUCUCGGUGGGCACACUCGCUCCUCAUGAACCUCCCGGGCCUCCUGCCAGGCCCCCCAGGCGGUCCUUCAGGGGCUCCCCUCACUGCCCACUGCCCGACUGGAGACGGGGUGAGGGGCCCCGCCAGGUGAAGCAGGCUCGUUCACGAUCCCCUGGCUGCCCGUUGUGGGGGCCAGUCCGAGUCGGGUGUCUGUUCUCACCGGGCAUGGGGGGCCGCCCACCUCCCCCAGAGGCUCCUGUGACAAGCCCACCCCCAGGACAGCUCGUAAGAGCAGAAUAAAGCUGCACAUCCUGUCCUGUC